AUGGCGAACUUACCGACUCUGAAACACGAUGGCGACGACCUCAUUAAGAAUCAGGUUGAGCAGAUUGACCAGCUCCUCCCUCAGCCUGCUGAUAGUGCAUUGUCGGCCUGGCAAUGCAUCCGCCAGAAUCCAAAGGUUUGUCUAUGGGCGAUUUGGGCAAACAUUGGCUCUAUCAUGAUCGGCUACGAGAACCUCGCUCUAUCCGUUUGUCUGGCAAUGCCGGCGUUCCAAAUGACCUUUGCCUCUGAGAUCAAUGGCGUCCUGCUGAUUCCGGCCCACUGGCAAUCUUUAUGGAACGCUAUGUUCAACGUCAUGACUAUCGUUGGGUCCAUAGCCGCUGGUCCUAUCCAAGACUGGUUGGGUCGCCGAGCCGUAUUCCUCACUGUCAUCCUCGUUGCUUCCGCAGGCAUAGCAAUUGCAUUUGUCUCGGAAAGACCUGCGACAUACCUAGGGGCAAAGAUUCUCACUGGAUUCGCUCUUGGUGCCUCGAUGGUCGGAACACAGACAUUCGUAUCAGAAAUCACACCACUGCCCAUGCGAGGCAUUGCUUUGUCGAUCAACACUGUCGCACUUAACCUUGGACUCCUCGUCGCUAUUUCGGCCACUUUCAGUCGCAUCGCCAUCAUAGAUCCGUUGGCAUUUCGUGUCGUGUUCGCUGGCGCCUGGGCUUUUCCUGCGGCCCUGGCUCUAGGCCUUCCGUUCGUUCCCGAAUCCCCAUACUGGCUCGUAAUGAGAGGCAAACACGAACAAGCCCGAAAAUCCCUAGUGCGACUCUCUCCAUUCGAGGAAGACAUCGACACUCGUUUAGUCAAUAUCCAACAUACAGUUGAGUUGGAGCGUCGUCAGCAAGCCGAAGCGGGCUUGCUCUUCGAGUGUUUCAAGGGAUCAAACCUCCGUCGCACCCUGAUAACACUGAUCUGCUUCUACAUGUCAUUUACUGUGGGGUCAGUCCUUUCGGCCAACUCACCGUAUUUCUUGAACCAGUCGGGCUUGUCAUCGAACACUGUGCUCAUGAUCACCCAAAUCGGCGUUAGUAUGGGUGUUUUGUCGUCCAUCGUCAACCUUUUCCUCAUGAUGAAAUUCAACCAUCGCAUACUCAUGUUUUCAGGCGUGGGUAUCUGCAUACUAGCCUACUUGACCAUGGGUAUCGCCGGUGCCAUGCCACGAACUACCAAGACAAUGACGGUCGUGGGUAUCGCGUUGCAAUUCUCGACUUUAUCCUACGGACCAGCCGUCGGCGCUGCGAUGGCAGUUGCCGGAGAGGUUUCUGCUACACGCCUUCGCGCAAAUUCCCUCGCACUUGGAAACGGAUUCCAAGGCGUCGCAGGUACAUUCUGGCAAGCUGUACUCCCGUAUCUCUUCAACCAAGACCAGGCUGAUCUGGGCGGGAACCUUGGUUGGAUCUUCUUCGGUAUCGCAGUCUUACAUGCUGCUUUGCUAUAUUUCUUCGUGCCGGGCACGAAAGGAAGGACUUUCAAAGAGUUGGAUAUCAUGUUUGAGAAGAAGUUACCGGCGAGGGCUUUUGAAAAAUUCCAGGCGCAGGAAGCUGUGGCUUGA